AUGGACGAGCGCAACGGUACAGAUCACAAUCAAAGCCCACCUCGUAAGAGACCAAAGACAAUUCACUUCGGCAAUGCGGAGCCACGCACUGGCGAACUUCAGCCAUUUACAUCUGUCGGCAACCACUCAACCAGUGGGCAGCACGAUACGGAGUCGAAGGAGAUUGACUACGCUGGCACGAUCCGUAAAGAAUGCGCCGGUAUGGAGAUGGAUUCGAAUCAUCGUUUCCUUUACGUUGUUCCGGAAAAAGGAGUUGUGGUUUUCUUUCAGGGCAUGAACCAAGCUGCAGCAACUCUCGACAAGGACUACAUGGCCAAGGCAUGUGAAAUGGUAACAUUCCAAUUCGACUCGAGCCACACAAUGAGGCUGUUCGCAGAGCUUCUCAAAGCACACUUCGAAAACUAUAGUGGCGUUAUGCCCCGGGUCCAUGCGGAAGUUCUUGUAUUCGAGAGUGCUUCUUUUCCCGAAGCACCAUUUCUCAACGGAUGGGACACGGAACCACACGCACAUGGAUCCUACACAGGCGCCCAUAAUCACGUUAGAGACCGGGUGGCCGCCGUGCUCAGCGUUUCGACAGACAUGGGAAUUGAGUUCCAUCUCUGCCGUCCCUGGAGAGACUUUGGUUUCCUUAACGGGGCUACGGCUCCCCUACGAGACGCUGGGUACGAUCUGUCGGUCACUUUGGAAGAGGUAAAUUGGCUACAAGUGCCAGAAUGA